ACUUAACCUCCUCCAUAACACGGAAGGCCCCUUCGUCGCUCCACUGCGAGCAGAACCCAUUACCAUGGCUCGUCAACGGGAUGUCCUUCCCCGUCUCAACAUUCCUCCACCCCUCAAUGUGCAGCAACCACGCGGUCAACCUUUAUUUUCCCCUGCUCUUCCUACUUCUCUCCAGCAUAGUUUUCACCCUCCCAUACCCCUUAUGUCGAAUAUGCAAACACCUAUGCAGCCUUACUUCAAUCCUCAACCACCAUUAGCCCCAGCGCGUCCCACUCAUGCCUCUCAAGCUACAAUAUCACAUUUACCUGGCGUUGGAAUUCACCCCAAUGGGUUCCCAAUUACUCCUCUAGCUGGCCAUUUUGCGAGGCCCUCAUUGGCUUUGCCAAAUCACAAAGGUCUACCGUCUGCAGGCUACCCUUUUCCGAACCGGAACAGGAGACAGUUGAGCGUUGGAGGUCCCCCAAAAGCGGUUCUGGGAGGACCAGCGAGGAAGACGAGUCCACUACCUUCGUCCUCGGUUUCUCCACAACCAGCUCCGCUUACGAAAACGACGAAAAAGAAGACACUGGUGAAUCUACCAAAAGAAACUAUACCUGGUGAAGAAGGCCAACCGCCGACUCGACCCCCCUGGGCUAGGUCAUUACUUGACGCGCCACCUCUUCCACCUGAGGUGCCCGUAGCACCAGUCGAACACAUUACAGCUGAAAUAUAUCCUUCAGAUCAGUCGAGACGCACCAUCCCACCGACGGUUGAUGUCUUUCUUCCUGGAAAGAGUGCUUGGGAUGUGAUGAAGCAGCAGCAUAUCGAAGAGAAGUUGGAGAAACUAGGUGUAGAGCGUGGUGGGAACUCGGUACCUCAAAUACAUGUCCCCCACGCCCGUGCUGCGUCGAUAUCCUCCCCCGCCGACCCUGCCCUCCUCCUCUUCAAGCUGAACAAGCUCCAGCAAUCACAACUCAAGUCUGCCAAUAAAUCCUUAACCACCUCACCUCAACCACCAUUCCUCACUCCCUCUCCAACAUUCUCAGCACCUCAAUUUAUCACAAAUCGUCACGGUCAUAGCCUUUCCCUAUCACAACCCCCGACUCAUCUGGGUGUCCAUUCGAACCCGUUUGGUCCACAUGCCACUCUUGGUUCGGACCAAAACACGACAGUACAAAGCAGUCCAAGGUUCUCACCCGCACCAGAAUCUGUACGGAGUGACAGCAUCUUUGCACCCCAGGGUAGAGUUCCUGUGGUCAUGUCUUCAUUGGUGCCGCCUCCCCUUUCUGCUGUUCGUCGCGAAAGCAAUCCUGAUUUCUCUCGUGGCUUUGGUCUGGACAUCCCGGAGGAGAACGAAGAAGAGGCUGAGGCCGAGGCUGCUGAGGAACAACGCAGAGCUGAGGAGAACGCGGAAAAGAGUGGUGACAAUGACGAAGACAGUGGUACGGCCGAAGGAGGUGCAGUACUUACUGUCGAGAUGGAGCAGGCGGAAGAAGAAGGAUAUCCGGAAAGUGACAAGGAGAAUGACGGGAAUCGGCCUCCAGAUGGGUUAUUGACUGCAUCGCAAAGUCGACAUCACUCACGACAUGUUUCACGAUUAUCGGCGGCAUUGUCGUUGCGCUCAUUUGGUGGGCUGGUUGCUGAGGGUCUGAACGAGAGGAUUGACGGCCUGAGAGACGAAAUCAGCCCUUCACAGGAUGUGGAGUUGGAGUCUGGUGUUGAGGAAUGGACAGGUUCUGAAGAUGCUGACGGCUUGAUGGGUGGUAACCUGUCAGACGACGAUGACGAGAGUAUCGGUGAAUGGUCAAAUCCCUCAGAUGAAGAGAGAGCUCGACAACAGCGAGCAGACCGUCGUUACCGUGCUCAGCACCUAGCGGUCGAAAGUGAACAGCCCAGGCGACUACCCAAAUUCCCUAGACCACCGGACAAUACGGUAUACUUAUCUAUGCGUGAAGAUCAAGACGAGGAAGAUAUCAUAUCAAACCCAAGCGAAGAAGGCCAUCACGAGUACCUCAAUAUUCAUGGCCACUUCCACGAUCCCUCGUCGAAUUCCAGUAAAUCGACACGCCCAUUACCACCAUUACCCCAUUCACGGGGUCCUUCUGGUCACGUCUCGGUUCACGAUCCUGCUCUCGCUCACUCUCGUCAACCUUCCGACGUCUCUGGCUCUGCACGGGUAUCGCGGCCCUCCAAUUCUCUCAAUCUCAAUCCGCUAGCCAAGCCUUUCGUCUUUGGCUCCUCGUUACCACGAGAGCCUACCACUGAUCAUAUUUGGCGUCCAGACCUCUCUCAGCCUUCGACGGCCCCUAUGAUGGCUCACUCGCGUCUGCCUUCGUUGAGCUCCAAGCCGCUUAAUGCCGCUGCACAGGAAUUUAAACCCGGUAGUGGUGGAUUCACGUUCAGGUUUCCAGCUCCAGCUCCAGCUCCUUCGUUCCCUGUUCCGGAACCACAUCAAUCAUCCUCUGUUUCUUUGUUCUCGAUGCCCGAACCGCGACCGCUGCCCUUACUGCCUGGUGGGGAGGAGCAUGAAUCUUCGCCUUUUAAGGUUCAAGGGAGGGAGAAACGUCAACGGACGGUUUCGUCGAAUGCAUCGGUGGAAGAAGGUGACUCCAUGGCGUCGUUUAGAUUCCCGGUGAGUAUUGGCUUCGAAGGUGAUUCUUCGGCUGCUGCGACCAUCAAGAGGGCUGUGUCACCUUCACCACCUCCCCACCUCAGUCUCAAUCCUGCGGCAGAAUCAUUCACCUUCGCUGGAUUCUCGGCUGCCGCUACAUGGCCCAAUAUUCUCAAUCCUCACGGAAAUGGUGACAGUCCAGAGGACGCUACGUUACUCCAAGAGAGUAACAAGGAGAAUGAAGAAAUACAAGACCAGGAUGAGGAAGGGUUUAAGCUACCCUCUGUCAGCAAGCCCAAGCGUGCGCCCAUUCCUUUGGACUUCAAACAUCCCGUGUCGAACAACACUGUUCCCGCUGGUUUGUUCAAGGCGUUGAUCAAUAAUGGCGAUGAACGCACAAGGAAAACCGUUCGUUCUCGACUGAGCUCGAGAGAGAUAUUUGAUCACGCUCACCGACCUUCUUUGGAUGACCUCGACAUGCCUUCGAUCUCACAUAAAGUGUCUCGAACACGUCUCGUCACCGACCCCGGAAAAAGUGGUCCUAUCUCCCCUGUCGAGGAUGAUGAUGAUGAUGAUGAUGUCUUUGGUCCAGCUCGUUCACAUGCUAGAAGGAGGUCCUCUCUACCGGAUAAUAUGACUUUCUCGGCUUCGCCAUCCGACUCGAUCAUGUCUGAAACAUCGCCGAUCCGUGCCCCUCCGGGUGAUUUAACGACACGGUUGGAGCUGAGGAGGUAUGAAGACAGGUUCGAAAAGGUGUUAGAUGAGAAAUUGUUGGCGUUGAGAAGAGAUAUUAUGAAAGGUUCAGCGUCCGUUCAAGGGUUGACGCCCAAAGCGGAAGAAAUGAUCUCAGAGGUGGUUUCGCUGUUUAGAAGUCAGCUACAGGAAUCGGCCGCGAGGUCGCUUGAUGACAGUCAGAUGGAUGCGAGAGGCGAGCUCGACUUCGAGCUGAUUAAGGGUGUCGUGGAGAGAGGACACGAGAAGAUGUUGGGCUUGAUGAGGAAGGAGCUUGGGGAUAUCACUUCUAUAAUCGCGAACAAAUCUCUUGAGGUCGGAAAUGUCUCUUCUUCCUCGACCGCAGCUCCAACAGCGGAUGUUCUCCAUGCAUUGGAAAGAUACAAUACCAGGACCAUCAACGCGGUUGUGGAAGCCAUUUCCGAAAUGUCAAACCGAUUGGAGACUAUCACCCGUAACGCACCGGCUCGAGACCAGGAUACGACCGUGAAUGCAAUCGUGUCGGCGUUAAACCCGGCGUUACACUCUUUGCGCCCUGAAGUUGUGGAUUAUGACUAUCUUACGACGAAACUCAGUCAGGCUGUGAAACCCCACAUCUCUCAGAUCAUAGACCUCGCGUCAGACAAACGCGAAACCGCUGGUCUUAUCGUCGAUAGUCUACUACCCUUACUUUCGGGAAUGAUGCCCAAGUCCCAGACACUCGACACAGAUGCAAUUGCUCUUCAACUUACCACAGAGGUGCGAAGAGCGAUUGCCCCCAUCGAUGCUUUUGAAAUCAAGGAGCAGGUAGCGGAUUUAGUCGUGGAACGGUUGGACUCAAGGCUUGCAGUCAGAGACAAAUCGUUCAAUGUCGACACCGUGACAGGAAAGGUCACUGAAAACGUCACCAGGUUGGUAGAGCCUUUGAAUAACGUUGGCAUCACACUGUCGAAUUUGAUGGAAGGCCAAAAGUCUCUGGCUACGCAACAAGCGGAUUUAUCAGCUGCGAAUCAACACGUAGCUGAAAUUGUGUCUGAGCUGCCCGCUAAAGUCUCGUCGAUUGUGGAGGACCUCAAAGCGAUGAACGCUGCCGCUCAGUCGGCAGGAGGUCCGAACGAACAUUUGGCGGAACUCAAGUUGUCGUUGAAAGAAGCAACCAAUGUUCAAAAAGUCCUCGUCGACAAUGGCAGCGAGGUCCUACAACUGUCGCAAGAGUUGAUGUCGAAGAUGACCGUCCUUCCGGAAACUCUCUCUUCUGUAACCAAUACCCUCCAAACUGCCCACGCUGACUUCAUGAUCUCUCAUGAUGUGACCAGGCGCGAGUUGGAGGAACUUCGGAGAGCUAAUACUGAUUACCAAGUCCAGGUAGCGAAGGCUCGUGGUGCUCAUGGACAGGUCAGGGUUGAGAAGGAUAUGCUAAGCGAGAAACUGCGCCUCGUAGAAGGAGACAGAGAUAGGUUGAAGGCUCAAGUUAAAGAGCAUGCCCUCAAGGCUGCUGAGGAAGCCUCGGUUGAUUCGAAGAUCUCAGAAUUGGAAGAUGCGCUUGCUAAAGCUCUUGCUCGCCUGCAAAGUUCGGAUGUGGCUACCCAAGCUAAUCAAGACCGUAUCAUGGAACUAGAGAAAAUCAACAAAGAACUCCUGACUGAAAAACAAGUUCUCAAGAGCAAGGUUGAUUUGCUCGAGAUCACACUCACUUUUUCGAACAGAGAUAAAGAGGCAUCAGAACGAAGAGCUGCCAACCUCCAGCAGCAGUACGACCACCUUGCUUCGCAGCAAAGUAAUUGGGAUACCCUUCGACAAACUUCGGAACAUAUACAACAUCUCGCUACCCUUGUCGCCCAAGGCGGUAACGAUGAAGUCAAAGAGUUGAGACGGAUCGUUGAUAAGCAUAGGUUCCUGGAAGGCGAACAUUCGGCUCUCAGAAGUAGAUAUAAAGAACUCGAAAGCAAGGCCGGUAAUAGUGAUAAGGCCGCUGCCGCCGCCAAACAAAGUCUUUCUCAGGCUCAACAACGGUCUUCCGAAUGGGAGAAACAAUCAAAGGAAAAUGCCGCCAAGCUUGAAAUCACGCAAACGAAGUUGGAACAGACCGAACAAACGUUAUCACAGAUUGAAGCCGAUCACUCUCUACUGAAGAUGCAAGUGGAAGAGCAGGAAGCUGAUGCAAGAUUGGUCAAGGAUCGUGAAAAUAGCCUUCGUGUCCAGGUUGCAGAACUUGAAACCAAGCUGUCCGGUCUCCAGCAUGAGCUGGAUCAAGCCCAGAAUAAGUACGUCAAAACACCGACAUUGACACACGCGAAGAAGGCCACCAAUGGCACUGCCCAUCCACCCAGACCAGACUCGAGAGUUAGCACGGUCUACGUCAAUAUCAGUCGCUCAGCUACACCCAACGGACGUCCCAAUAGUGAUCGUAGCGCUACUCCGCCUACCUCGGUAUGGGAUUCAAUGCACGCCCCGCACCCCAAUAGCUUUUACCAGACUCCUACAUCCGUUCACGCCCCUGCAAGUCGAUAUCCUAGUAACCUUGGGCAUGGCACUCCUCGAACGUCGCGGCAGUAUACUCAACCGCCAGUAUCAGCCCCGUCUCCCACCCCGAGCACCGCGUCACAAGUCACUCUCGACGAAGACGGCUGGUACUCCUAGGGGGCUUGUCAUGUAUAGUGUCUCUUUUAUUUUUUCGUCUCGAUUUUUGUCGGAUCUCAUAUGCUUAUGUUUAUCGCUUGCAUCUUUGUUUUUCAUCGUCACAAUUUCUUCUCGUUCACGUUACGCAUCUUGGAGUACGACCAAAUUACUGGGUAACUGGGGUCGUUGAGUCCCUCACAUAGUUGAAAGAUACUAAACACUCUAGAAUCUUCGUUGUGCUACACGUACACCAUACCCCAUUCUAUCUCUAUUAUCUUCCCCAUAUAUACAUUUGCGAUAUAAUGUGGAUAUAUCAAAGUGAGAAGUUCAAAUACUAACCAGUAGACAUCGUUGUUGCAAGUAACUAAAGCAUACCUAAAUAUCCGAUUUCGCAACGCAACUCCGCCAAAUACUUUUGCAAAUCAACAAAAAAACAGGUUGUACCACUCAAUUCCAAGGCGUUCAGUCUUCCAGAUAAUGCUUCAUCCAAGGGAAACCAAUUAUUCUUACCAUCACUCAAGCCACAAACACUGCCUUCUUCUUCACCUAACCACGUAACACAUAGCGCCCUCAAGGGUGUGAUGUUCGCCUCAGCAGAUAGGCGAUCAUUGCUUCUAGACUCCGCCAUCUCAAUCAUGGCUUUCCAAAGCGCCUCAGACUGUCCCUGGUCCGGUUUACAACCCUCCCCCAGUCUUAAAAAAACUUCCUCCAACCUUGGAACCAACACACCCUCCGAAGAGGAAGGUGAAGUCGGACAUUGGAGGGAGGACAAGAGCGUUCGAACUUCAGCGAGAUUCGAAUCAAGGUGGAAAAAAUCCGCAAAACAGCUCACACGCCUCAAUUCAGGCACCGCCUGUAAUAUUCCCGACCAUGAAAAGUCCACCAGGACCGACUCCUCGUCGUCUCGAUGAAAAGUCAAACCGAGUUGUCGAAGAGAGGGAGAGUGACGCUUCAACAUCCCGAUGACCGCCUCUUGAGGAAACGAUACUUCUCCGGUUUCCUCAUCGUCAAAAUCGUCCAUCUCUUCGGGGAUUAUAUUGAAUUCGAGCUGGACCGCGGUGAGACAAGGGGCAUCCAGAGCGUCGAAAAAAAAAGCCAAGGUUUGGGGCUCCUCCUCUGUUCCCAACGACAUCCGUUGGAGGUGGGGUAGAUGAAUAGCGUCAAUGUUUUGGACGACCGAGUCAUUUUGAUCAAAGUGAACGUCUUUGACGACCAGGGACUCUAGACAGUGGCAUUCCUGUAGUAGCGUUAGGAAGCUGGAGCCGUUAGGAACAUCCUGAAAUUCGAGAGAUAAUAGCCUUUCUGUAGCGAUUUCCGGAACUUCGGGCAGAUAGUACAAUGAGAGGUGCUCGAGGUGAGAAGCACGUUGAGCAUUGUUCCAUAACCACAUCGUAUUCUCGUGCUGGUGAGGGAGUAGAUCUGAACGGAAUGAACGUAGAAGGGGAAGUUUAAUGUUUAGGGGUGGUUCGCGUAGGUCGUAAGGGAAACAGAACUCAAGCUCUUCACAACGCGGCGCCAUUCUGGUCAUUAGGUGUAAGAAACAUUGUUCCUGGAUGGGGUUGAGAUGUUGAUGGUAUGGGUGCAUGGGGAAACCACGAUGUGGAAAAUUGGGAUUCUCUUCCUCAAAUGAAAUUCUGAGUGGGUUUGUGCGUGAUUUUUCAAGAUGCUCGGUGAGCAAGGGUCGAAUGUCGGUCUGCAGCUUGGAGAACCUGAUCCGCAUCGAAGACCAGAGUACAGGAACUGAAUCAACAAUUCUCUUCCAUUGCUUGCAAACUCGGGAGAGAGUAUGAGGGAUCGAUCUCAUGGGAGCUGCUUCUGGGUCCGUGAGGUCAAAUGAAUACACUCUCUCUGCACCAACCCAAGUGAAGACCAUCUGCCAGAUCUCAAUGGGAACCUUUCGAACAGCAUAUAAGGCCGCUUUUCGUCUAAAUAGACGCUCCUCCAACCGAUUUCUUGCUUCUGUUAGCCGACCUAACACUGUAUGAAGGCGAGUGAUUUCAUUGUUGAACUCCCUCAACUGAAGUUCUUCCUCUUGAUAAUCCGAAUGUAUUUGGGAGAGUUCUAGUACAGUGGGAGCGUAAUCUGACUGGAGGCAUCGUUUUGGAGGAAGAGGGAUGACAGUUGCGACAAACGAAAAGCUGCACUUGUCACACAAGGUGGCAACUACUCCACGGAUUCUGGUAUCAGCAAGGCCUGCCUCUAUAUCUUCAAGUGGGAGCGUGGACAUCUGCUUCAAUCAGCAAGAGAUUAUAGGAAAGGCUAGGACCUCAAUACCUGUGUCAGUCUAAGAACUUGAAGGUUAUGAGUGAGUGAGUGGCACCGUGGCAGGGUCCGAUCGUCUCAUGAAUGAUCAUCGCAGAC